CAUUCAUGCUCAAACACAACGAUAAACAUUUCCAGUCAGUGAUCGGAACAAUACCAAACCAAGAAGAACCGAAUAAGCACGGUAGGGGACAGUAACGACCAGGUGAGGCCCCAUCGAAUGUCCCCCCAGGCCAAAAGUAAUUCUUUGACCUAACCCUUGACUGUCAUCUUUGAGUAGAGACGGACUACCUCGGCUGGAUCCGACAGUAGUGUUUUUGUUUCGCCUUAUCGCACGGAAUACCCGUUUUUGAGUACCCUGCACGCUUUGGAUCAAGUUUGUUUUAAAUAUAACUAAUUUAAGUGCAAUAUCUUGCCAGAAAUUGAAUUUAAACUGUGGACUCCUAAAUAUGAAAAUCAAUUCAAACACCAUUAUCAACAGACUAGGAAGUUGGAAAAACCAAUUGUUAUCAGAAAAGGAAUAUAUUAAGUUGUCUUUUUUUUUUUUAUAGAUAAAGGCAUCAUAUCGUUGAUAUUCCGUUUUGAAAUAUGUUUGAAGAGGCUAAAAGGUUAAUUAACUAUAACAGAGAAUGACAGUGACGGAAAAACUAGCCGAUUCUAUAGACACGUUUUGUGAUUCCCCUAAAGAAUGCCGAGCAUGCCUCUUACUCACAGCCAUCGCAUGGUUUCUCCAUACCUUCCUGUCCUAUGGCACAGACAACUGGGUGGAACUGUCAGAGGGACCAACAGAGAGCAACCAAGGACUCUGGAACCACUGUAGCAAGUCCCUCAGUAACACAGACAUCACUUGUCGUGAAUCAGUCAGUUACUUCCUGAUGUACAGAAAUCAAGACGUACCGGCAUGGCUUCACGCUACCAGAUUCUUUCAAAGUAUUGGUCUCCUCAUGUCUCUUGCGUCAGUCGUGUCGUCCAUUUUCUGCACGUUCGUUAUUAUAACAGACAGAAAGAGAGACACUCAAGUUGCUGCAGUGGUAAUAAAUUUUGUAGCAGCCUGCAGUAUGUUAAUAGGAAGCAGUAUUUACGGUGGUCAAUACCGCUAUGCAGGGUGGCUGAAGGGCUACUAUCUGUCCUGGUCUUUUGCUUUCUCAAUUAUAGCCGGACUUGCUCAUAUAGUAUCCGGAUCUAUAUAUAUGUUUACAUUACCGAAUUCAGACUCCAUUCAAACGAUUUCAAAUAAUCAAACAACAAACCAAUCUCAACCACCCGGUGAAAUUGUUAACAACCGUGAUGUUCAUGUAAAUAUUCCGGUACCUUCAGCCCCGCCUGAUGCGUAUUUAUACUAUAUCCCGCCGUCCAAUGAAGAAUAUCAUCCACGAUAUCCUCCCAGAGGUUCUAUCAAUACACCACAACCUGCUAGCACCAAUCGACGACAAAAUCCCGCCUCCACCCAGAACACUGAAACUGAUACACAGAGCGAUGACGAUACCUGCAUUGUUUGCUUCGAUCAUCGUGUAGAAAUCCUACUUCGACCGUGCUAUCAUUUUAAUCUAUGUGAGGGAUGCUCUUUGCUCGUGACUCAGUGUCCAACAUGCAGAGGUAUCAUCCAAGAAAAAAUUAAGCCAUACCGAUAGCUUACAUGUUGACUAGUUGCGUCGUUGAUAAAGAUUAAUUUAUGUGCACCCCCUAAUCUAUAUAAAAAAAAUAAGUGGUUUUCGAAUGUGCCUAACAAGAUAGUUGAACAUAAUAGUGCAACGUUUUACUCAGGUGACCUAUAAUUGCAAUUGGUCUUCGUCCGUCGUCAUGCGAUGUGCGUCGUCCGUUUUGUGACUGCUUCUUAAAAAUACAAAGCCAAUUGUUACCAUUUUUGGUGUGAAACAUUUCUAUGGUAAGAGGAAUCAAUUUGAAAACUGAAAUUGAAAUCCAUGACUCUACCACCCCUGGGGCGCCAAUGAGACGGGACCAAAUAUACAAAAAAGCUAAAUUUUCAAAAAUCUUCUUCUCCACUUUAGCUCGUGUGGGGAAAAACUGAAUGCAUUGUAAUGAUGUCUAUGACGCCCUCUACCAAUACUGUAAAAUUCAUGGCUCUUGGGUCAGGAGUUCGGCCCCAGGGUGGGGCUAAAAUAGUCAUAUAUUAAAAGUGUACCAAAUCUUAGAAAAUCUUUUUCUCUACCUCCAUACACAUUUGAGAAAAACUAAAUACAUAGUUAUGACUUUGGAAAAGAGAAUGAAUGGAGUUGUCUAUCAAAAUUAAAAAUAUCAUGAAAGCAUUUGGCAAGAGUUUGGGUAGGGGGUGUUACAAUUAAUGGAAUUAUCUUCCCUUGUUCAUAUUUAAUUAUCAAUCAUUUUAAAAUAAUGUAAUUAAGAAGUUAAAAUAUUAAAGGAGUUAAACAAGUUUUUUUAUUUGUUAAAAAAACAAUCGGAACAGUUUUUUUAAAAAAGUUUUUGAAUAAACAGUAGACCUGUUUUAAAUAGAUAAGUAUAAAUUGCCUAUCCAAAAAUACUGAGGAGAGUGGUAGCGUAUCAGAACGUCUGAUUUUAAUCAGAUUGGUGUACAAUAAUUUUUAAUGAAUGCCAGAUGGUGUCAUUGCAUGAAUGAUUGAUAACUGAACAGGUAAAACAUUUGAAUUGAAAAAGCAAAAUAACUUAUCGGUGUUUUAAUAUGUUUUCUGUAUAUAUGUCCAAAGUGAGAGAUUGUCUGCCUGGUCCCUGGCGUUGGGAAUGGGGAUUGUUGUUGAUUUUAAUAAAACAUGUACAUGUAUACCAGACAUCUUAGUUUAUCUAUAAAAAUUUAUACAUUUGUAAACAUACAAUAAAGCGCAUUGAA